AAUAUUUCUGAAGGGAGUGUGGUGUUUUUUGCUGUAAUAAGAGUAAACAAAAAAUCUAACAUAUAUUUAUGUCGUACUGCUAAUACAAACGACUAAUUUGUACUCAUUGGGAGAAAAUCACAAACCCUAAAAAGAUGGCAUCUUCUAAAUUCCAAGACGAUAUUCCUCUUGCAGAUGAUGAUCCUCAAGUUAUAAUAAAUGAGGACCCGGAGCAAAAUUCCAUGUCAGAAGGAAACUCAUCGAGUAUGAUUCAUGGGAGAAGCAUGGAUUCAAUCCAGUCAACUUUUACUAAUGGGAGUUCCAGCCCUCAACAUAACUCUUUAGAACCAGACACAAGCCCUGAUGAACAAGAGGAAAAAGCUCGGCUCAUAUCACAGGUACUUGAGCUGCAGAACACUCUCGAUGAUCUUUCCCAAAGGGUUGACAGUGUGAAAGAAGAAAAUUUAAAACUGAGAUCUGAAAACCAGGUAUUGGGACAAUAUAUUGAAAAUUUGAUGUCAGCAAGCAGUGUAUUUCAAUCAACCUCACCAAAAAUUAAGAAGAAGUGAGGUAUUAUGCUGUCAUAUUUCUAAAUUAUUUAUGAUUUUUUUAUGUUUUUUUAUGUAAUAUGAAUUUGUUAACCUGUUUUAGUUUUUUUACCAUGGAUUUAACUGGGUGUCAGGUAUGAAUUAACUAAGCUUACUAUUCCACAGGCAACAUUUUUGUUGUUUCAGCAAUUAAAUACAAUUAAGUAAUUUAGUUUGCUUCAAUAUGCCAAAGAGAGUCAAAUGUAUAGGAAUAGAAAUACACUAUUUAUAAGUUGAGGUACCAGAUACAUUGAGAUAAAUUGCUUGCUAAAUUGAAAAAUAUACUUUUUGAGAGCGA